UUCAAGAUUUUCAAAUUAAAACCCUAGACUAGAUUACUCUUCGCCGCUCAAUCUUCUUAUCUCAUCAUAUCUUCAAUCUUUUCUCCAUUUCCAAUAACCAUAUCCCACCACACAAAAAAAAUUCUUUAAGCCAAAACACAAUGGCCAAAAAGAAACUGACCCCCCAAGAAAAAGAAAACAAUAACUCCAACACAGCAAUGGAAGAAGCUACUGAGAAACUUGAAAACCUCAAGAACCUUAACAACAUGCUUCUUAAAGAGACUAUUGAGAAAAGACAACAAGUUGAUUCACUUGUACAGGCAAAAGGGUGUCUGGAAUCGGAACUAAAAAAGUCUAACUCGGAGAAAAAUGAGUUGCAGAACGAGUUGACUCAGUUAAGUGAACAGGUUAUUCAGUUAGAUAUUGAGAAAAAGUUGGUGUCUUUGUUUGUUGCUGUUCAGGUUGGGUAUCAUGUUGAGGUGUUUGAGAAUGAGAGAAAUGAGUUUCUUGAAAAAAAUGUUUUGGUUGAGGAAAAACUGAGUAGUGUAGAGAGAGAAAUGAGUGAUGUUUUGAGAGAGAAGAGUGAGAUUGAGAAGCGAAUGAGUGGAAAGGAAAGUGAGAUUGAAAGGCUGAAGAAGAAAGUGAAUGAUGUUAGUGACGAGGUGGCGAAUGAGAGGAGUGUUACGGAGGAGGUUCGUAAGGAGAAGGAGGAAAUGAAAGUGAAACUUGACGUUCAAAUAGAGGAGGCGAAUGGAUUGAGAGUGAGAUUAGUCGAAACUGAGAAACGAGAGAAGGAGAUUGAAGUGGAUGUUGGGAAAUUAAGGGUUGAAUAUGACGCGAUUAAAGAGGAAAUAAAGGAAAGAGAGAGCAAGAUCGAAUCGAUGGUGAGAGAGAAGGAAUUGGUUGAGAAUAGCCUGUUGGAUUCGAAUAAGGUGAUUGAAGAAAUGAGGGGAAAGAUUGAUGGGAUUGUUAGGGAAAAAGAAGGGAUUGAAGUGGAGAGAAAUGCGGAAGUGAAGAAGAACGUCGAGUUGGGAAAAACAAUAACUGGUCUUAAUGAUAUGGUGAUGAGUUUGCAAAAGGAGGAGGCGAAAUUGUGUGAAAAUUUGGCUGAGUUAGAGAAGAAGUGUUUGGAAGGGUUAAGGAAGGAAGAAGAGAUGGAGAGGAGGAUUAAUGAACUAGUGAAGGGAAAUAAUGAGAAAGAGAUUAGAGUUGAGGGCUUGAUUGAAGAGAAGGGUUUUGUUGAGAAGGAAUUGGAUAAGGCAUUGAAGCAAUUAGAUGAAGAGAAUAAGAAGAUUGAGCGAACUGUUACUGAGAAGAAUGAGAUAGAAGAGGCUAAAGUUAAUAGGGAGACUGAAAUUGUUGAACUAAAGAAACAAUUAGCUGAAUUCAAAGAUGUUGUCGAAAAAUUAGAGGUGUCUUGUGAUGGUCAAGAAGAGAAGGUGAAGAAUUUGGAAACCGAAGUUGGUAAAUAUAAGGCUGCGUUCGAGCGAGUUACCCUUGAGAAGGAUGAGAUACAAAAGUGUUUUGCCAAUGAGGAACAGAAUGGGGUGAUAAUGAAGAAACAGAUUGAAGAAAUGGAGAGGCACAUUGAAAAAAUUGUUAAGGAGGUUGAGAAAACCAAGGCUGAUUACCUGGAUGUUGUUAGAGAAAAGGAAGAGUUGGAAACUCAAUGCCAAGUGUUGAACAAGGAAAUUGCUUGUGUUCAAACCUCACUUGGCGAUGCACAGAAGAAAAUAAGUGCUAUGCAGUGUAAGUUUGAGUUGGCAAACAGUAAUUCCGAGGAAAUCUUGAAUGCUUUGAGGACUGCUGCAGAUUCAAUCUGCUCGAAUGGUGAAGGAGAUAAUGGGAAAAAACAAAUGAAUGGGGAAAAUGUCAAGCCUUAUGAAGCAGAGUUGGAGGCGAUCAAGAAUGCAAUCAAGAGUAAAGAGAACAAAGUUGAGGAGAUGGAGAGACAGGUUGAGUUUCUGCAGUUUUCAGUAGCACAAACACAGAAGAAGAAGAAUUUCUGGACCAUGUUAUCUUCAGCAACAACACUCUUUGCUGCAAUUUCUCUUGCGUAUGUCGCUCGUGGUCAUUGAAUAAUAAGGGAGUCCUUAGUAUUAUCCAAACUGUUAACUACAAGUCCGAAGAAAUGACUUUAGUUUUUGGUACCAUAGCUUACCUUUAAGAAGGCACAUGAGCAUUUUUCUAAUGCUGCUGGUAUCAUGGCCUAGACUUGACUUUGACUGCUGUUAGCUUGUUUCAACAUCAUAUGUAACAAUCUAUGACAGCUUUUUUGUCCUUACUGUAUGAAAUAAUAUGAAAUCCUUUUUACUUUCUGAAAAAAGGAUUACUGCUUCAUAUUC